GAUGGUCUCUUUACCUUUCACCCACCAUUUUAUCAAUAUUUCUUUUUUUGCAUCCAAACACACCGCUUUUCUCUCUCCUCUGAAGCAAAAACCAGAUCCGUUCCCCUCUCCGCCGUAAGCACCGCCAUGAGGAAACACCACGACCACCACCCGCCGUCAGGUCGCACGAACUUGGCGUCCUGUAUAGUCGCCACGAUCUUCUUAAUCUUUGUCAUCAUCGUCGUCCUCAUCGUCUUUUUCACCGUCUUUAAGCCUCAGGAUCCAAAGAUCGCCGUCUCCGCCGUCCAGUUGCCGUCCUUCUCCGUUGCCAACGGCACCGUUAAUUUCACUUUCUCUCAGUACGUCUCUGUUAGAAACCCUAACAAAGCCUCUUUCUCUCACUAUGACAGCUCACUCCAGCUCCUCUACUCUGGUUCCCAAAUUGGAUUCAUGUUCAUUCCUGCCGGGAAAAUCGACUCCGGCCAGACGCAGUACAUGGCAGCGACCUUCUCCGUCCAGUCAUUCCCCUUGGCCGCUCCGGCCACUGCCAUCGGAGCGGGACCGACUUACUCGGAGGGAAUGAACGGGUACAGAAUCGGACCGACACUGGAGAUUGAAUCGAAGAUGGAUAUGGCCGGUAGGGUUAGGGUAUUGCACUUCUUCACUCACCAUGUGGAGGCCACAUUGAGUUGCAGAGUCGCCAUUGCUGUAAGUGAUGGAUCUGUGUUAGGUUUCCACUGCUAAUUCUUCUUCUUCUUGUUUAGCUCCGGAAAAUUUGGUCAGUUAAGUGUUUAAAUUCUCAUACUCAAAGUGAAAAGAAAAAAAAAAAACUCCAAAAAGAUUUUGAGCUCUCUCCCACGAGUCAUCUGUGGAAUUGAAUUGUAGAGUGAUCUGAUCUUAGAUUUUGCUUUGGCUUAAGCUCUGUUUCUGCACUGAAAUUCAUCAGAAAUCUCUUCUAUUUUUGUGGAUUCGUGAGUUUUUUUUAGGUUAAUUUUGAUUCCUAAGGAUAAAUCUAUGGCCAUAAAGGAAUGUUGAUGUGAACAAAGGAUGAUUGCAAUUGAAACAAAGAACAAAGUGGGAUUGUACUCA